AUGUUCAACGGACAUAGAAUGGAGGUACCGGAACCCGGUGCCAGCAGAAUUAUCACGCUUGAAGCAAUCGUCCGUGGAAUCAAAACCCCACGAACCAACGAGAAGUUUUUGUGUGCUAUUAUCCUUGAGGAACUGAACAAGCAAGCGGAUUCUGUGAUCACCAGUAUUGCAGGUCGUUCGUGCUCACAGAAACGGUUCUUGGAGGAGUCCAUGAAACGUAUCAAUUCACAAAAUGCGCACUUCGAGGAGAAUACGCUACACGAACAUGACGAGGCGAGACAAGAAGCCAUCGGAGUGGAAAGCAAGCAUAGAAAAGAAGAUAAGCCUGUUGAAUUUCCACAAAUUCCUCAUAGAACGGACUUUAACUGGGUACGAUGUGGAACUCCGAAAUGGGAAAGCAUGAUGAUAUCUGGCACAACGAAUAUCUGGAAGAAUGUUCCGGGUGAUGAAGUGCAUCAUACUUCCCCAUCUAAUGCCGAAUUUGGGAGAUAG